AACCUGGUGAGCCGCCAGUGUAUCCCCAGGAGAGUACACGCUGAGAGGAUAGUGUUAGCGGAGGACAGAGUUAGUAGAGAACGGUGUUAGUGGAGGACAGUGUUAGUAGAAAACGGUGUUAGCGGAGAACAGUGUUAGCAGAGAACGGCGUUAGCAGAGGAGAGUGUUAGAAGUGAACGUUGUUAGCAGAGGACAGUGUUAGCAGAAAAUGAUGUUAGCGAAGGACAGUGUUAGCAGAGAAUGGUGUUAGCAGAGGACAGUGUUAACGGAAGAUCAAAUUAACAGAGAAAGGUGAUAGCAGAGGACAAUUUUAGCAGAGAACGGUGUUGGAACAGUGCUAACGGAGGACAGUGUUAGCAGAGGACAGUAUUUACAAAGGACAUUGUUAGCAGAGGACAGUGUUAGCAGGGGACAAUGUUAGUGGAGGACAGUGUUAGCAGAGGACAAUGUUAGCAGGGGACAUUAUUAGUGGAGGACAGAGUUAGCAGAGGACAGUGUUAGCAGAGGACAGUGUUAGCAGAGGACAGUGUUAGCAGAGUUCGGUGUUAGCGGAAAAAAGUGCUGUACACGAUGAUGACAAUGUGAUGAAAGCGACUAAAUUAAGUCAGUGACUAACUGUAGAGUGACUAACUGCAGAGUGAUUAACUGAAGAGUGACUGUUGGCAGAUAGUGACUGACUACACAGGAUUGUUAACUGCAGUGAGGGUAUAAUUGCAUUGCAUGAGUGAUUUACUAUCAGGAGUGACUGACUUCUGUGAAUGACUAACUGCAGAUAGUGAGUAAUUGCAGGAAUUGGCCAGCCGCCAAAAGCAGCACAGGAAAUGCCAUGGCCACGUGAAAGGACAUGGCUGACGACACGUGUGAGAUCCUAGUAGAAAAGUUUAAACUCCCGCUCUGGAAUUCACUGAUACAAAUGACUUUAUCCCUGAUCCUGGUGGCUGAAUCUGGCAUCACCAUUUACGUCAAUUGUCGUAGCCUCAAGUUGAGAGAGAAGACGUCCACUAAGCUAGUCACCAGCCUAGCUGUGAGUAGCGGCCUCAGCGGUUUUCUUGUGUUCAUCUUGAUGGUGGUGAAGCUGAUCCCCAUGGCGCCGAAGAAGAGUAUUAACGAAUAUCUCCUCGAACUCCUUAUUAUCGCUCCUCGUACCUUGCAUCUCAUCUCCGUUUUGUUUUUGUGUUGCCUGACGUUAGACCGCUACCUCGCCAUCUGCUGGCCUCUGCGAUACCACGACCUGAUGACGGAGUCCCGCUGUAGGCUCCUUGUGAUGGGAUGUUGGCUGCUCACAUUGAUGGUGGUGUGUGUAUUGAAUGUUUGCGUUUUCUUGCUUUCAAAGUGCAAAAAUUCCUUAGAUAACUUAUUUUUCUUCAUCACCUUCUACCUCCUGACGUUCACUCUGGCCAUCAUCGCCAUAAUGGGCAUGUACUUCCUCAUAGCAAGGGAGUUCUGGCGAAAGCGCCACCAGACAUCGGAAGUCACUAAGGCUAUGCAGGACGAUAUCAAACGCCUCAGGGAGAAAACAACACGAGAUGUCUUGGUCAUCGUCCUGCUCAACUUGAUCUUCGCCUCCCCUGACGUAAUACUGAAGCUGCUGUGGUUGGUUAGCAAGGACAUGAGGAAAAUUCUCAAUGAAAUCACCCCACUCCUUCUCCACAUCCACCUGCUCUUCUUCCUCCCGCUUUUUGCAUGGAGGAAUGCAGACUUCAACGCCGCGCUUCUCACAUGCUGCUUUGCCGUCAAGACCUAGUGCAGCACCAGGGAGUACUCGUUACUAUACACAACAACCAAGUCACGAACCAGACGAAAGAUCUUCCUACCAGUCGAAGGAACCCACUUCAGCCCCCCUGUGGAGAAAGAACCACUUUUGUGUCACCAACCUGACAAAGAAAUCUGCCUCUACCACCCACCUUGCAAAUGCGUCUUCCUCUACCACCCACCUAGCAAAGAAAUUCCUCUGCCACCUACCUAACAAAUGAACUUUUAUGCCACCCACAUAGCAAUGGAACUCUUCUGCUACCCACCUAACAUAGGAACUCUUCUGCCACCCACAUAGCAAAGGAACCCAAACAAAACGACAUGAACACACUGUAGUUCUUGAUAGAGAAGACUAUAUAUAAGAAUCUCGUUGUGUGGGAAUGGUAAAGAAAAUAAGACUCACGUGGUUUUAGAGUUAAGGCCAAAGUAUUCACGAAUGAUACCAUCAAUUAUCACUUACUUUACGAAUGAGGAAGAGAUAUACUUACAUAUUUGUGUCCUUUUCGUCCGCAUCAAAUUAAAUAUUAAUAGUACUGUAAAGAUGCCGUAUCUACUUCACUCCUGAGUUGCUUCAAGUUUAUAAGGGAUUCAUUCGUUCUAGCUUGGAGUAUUGUUCUCAUAUAUGAAGUGGCUCUUCUUCUGUCCGUUUAUUAGAUAGAGUAGAAUCAAAGCCAUUUCGUCUAAUUAACCCUUCUCCUUUAGUUGAUAAUCUCUCUUCCCUUUCUCUUCGCCAUAAUGUUGCUUCACCCGUUAUAGUACAUAUUUCUUUCCUCACACAGCCAAACUGCAGAAUGCUCUGCCUUCUUCUAUGUUUCCAUACUCUUACAAUCUGUCUCACUUCAAAAAGCUGGUCUUCCGGCAUCUUCGUGAUGGAGAUUAAUAGUCUGUUCUCCUCAUUCUUUCCUUGUGGUUAUCAGCAUAUACCUAGAUCACGCCCACCUACAGUGAUU